GCUGUGGCCAGGGGCAUCACGAGGCAGCCCCAGCCCCAACACAGUUGGACUAAGAGGACCACUGAGUGCCCAUGCCAUGUCUCCAACACUGGUCCUCAUUCUGGCUCUGUUGGCCACCCAUCCUGGGUUGAAGCUGGACUACCAGAUGGAUGCAGACACAGCCAAACAGAUGCUGAAACGGGAGAAUUACCUACAUCAGCAGAUGACUCAGCUGCUGCAGGAGAUUGAGGAGGGGAGCACAGACAUGGUGGAAGACCCGCUCCUUUGUGCCCCGCAGCAGCAUUGGCUGUUUUGGAGCCCUGCAGCAGCAGCCCUGGUCCUGCUCACUGGGGGCUGCUGGCUGGCCAGGAGAAGGAAGUGUGCCUCUGCCAGCUGCAGGGAGCAGGAGAGUUCCAGCAGCAAGGACAAAGGUGACAAGAAGGAGAGCUCCAGAAGCAAGGAGGUCAACAAGAAAGUGAGCUCCCACAGUGAGAAAAAGACCAAGGAGCAGGAGAGCUCCAUCUGCAAGGAGAAAGGCGAUGAGCAGAAGAGCUCCAGAAGCAACAAGGCCAAGGAGCAGGUGAGCUCCAGGUGCAAGGGCAAAGGUGAUGAGUGGCAGAGCUCUAGCACCAAGGACAAGGCAAAUGAGCAGGAGAAGCUAAAGGGUCCACACAGCAGUGUUAGCUCUUCGGCUGUGCCAGUCCCAUCACCAAUGGACACAUUCAAGGUAAGGCUGAACAGGGCUGUCAGCAACCUGAUCUAA